AUGUGCUGUUGCCGCUGCCGCUGCUGCCGCCGCCGCCGCCGCCGCCGCCACCGCCACCGCCACGAGCCCGGCCGCCCGCGCGCCGCGCUGUCCGCCACCACCACAGCCACUGCUUUGUCUCCGCUAGUGCACAGCUCCGGUCGCCUCGCGCACUCCCCGACGCCCCAAGCCCCCGAGGCCUCCGUGGCUCAUUCGGCCAAUGAGAGAGCCGUAGCUCCUCCCGCCCCCGCCUUGAUGCGCUGCUUCCUGAUUGGCGGGCAACUCGUCCCCCAUAAACAGUACCGGGGGCGGGCCAAGCGACGCAGCCGGGACGAAGCCCUGGCGCGCCCUCCCCCCCUCCCCGGUCUGGUAGGGCGAAGGAGCGGGCGCGCGGUCGAUCGAGCGAUCGGUUGGCGGCUCUUCCUCCUGCUCUGGCAUCCAGCUCUUGGGGCGCAGGCCCGGCCGCCGCGGCGCGCGCCCGGUGGCCGUUGGCGCUCGCGCCGCGUCUUUCUUCUCGUACGCAGAACUCGGGCCGCGGCCUAUGCGUUUGCGAUUCGACGAGGAGUCGUCCGGGUGGUCGGCGGCGGCGGGCAGCUGCUCCGCCCUGCUCCCGGGGAGGCGGCGGCGGGAUUUGGCGCGGCCGGGGAGGCGGGGGUGUCUGGAGCCGGCCUGGAGGCCUGGCGCCACCCCUCGGGGCCUGCAAGGACCCAGUUGGGGGGGCAGGAGGAAGCUGGGGGAUGGUUGGUGGUGGGCUUUUUGCUUUGCCUUUUUCUCCUUAUGCCGCCUUAGUGAGGGGCGGGAGCUCUGGCGGCAGCUCUGGGGUGGGGAGUCGAGCCCCGGAGUCGGAAGAGCUGGGUUUGCUUCCGGGCCUAGCCACCAGCUGGCCGAGUGACCUUAGGCAAGCCAGUCUAUAAUUUGCGCCUCAGUUUCCUCCUCUGCCAGUCAAUGUUUAUGGGAUUGAGAGCGUUGUUAAACGUAAAGGAUGAUUGUUGCUUGUAAGGUUUUUUGAGUUGUAAGAACGCUUAGCAAUUGCCCAGUCCUUGGAUUUUUAACCUGGGAUCCUUGGAUUGGUGUUGGAGGUUUUCAGACUCCCUGAAAUUGUAUGCAGAAAUUUGUGGGAAUUAACCUUUUUGGGGGAGUGAGAAUCCGUGUUUGUCAAGUUUUCAUUGGGUCUGUGACCCAGUGAGAGUUAAGAACUACAAUUCUUUUAUGCCACAGGGAGGAAACUGAGGCCUAGAUGUCAAUUUGGGACACUUCAUAACCAGUUUGAAGCCCGUGAGUUCCUGGGAUAUGUGAGCUGUUUCUGUGCGUAACGGAUAUUUGGGGUAACAGCACCCUCUGCUUGGCUUCUGUUGAGUCCUUUUCUUUCACCAUAGGGUGCCUGAAGGGUGGCUGAUGCGUAAUGGUACAAUGGCACCUAAUACAAAGCAGCUCAGACUAGGAGUGGGUGCAUUCCCUAGUAUCAAAAAGCCUAUUUAAAUUUUGGCCCAGUAACUUUGUUUUCUGCUGCUUAUACUGGUGCCUGACUACCUUUUCUGAAUCUUUCAUUGACCAUUUUCCACAACCGUGGUUGCCAUCCAUGUUCUUGCUCCUACUUACCACCUUAUCCUUAGUCUGUGUGGUUGGUGGUGAACAGGUUUAUUUUUAAAUGGGGCUGCGGUGCCUGUGGAUUUUUACCAAGCAGCUCACUGGAACAGGCAACCGGCAUGGAGUUCCUGAACGUGUUUCGGUUUUAUUUUCUUCCGCUAUGUUAACUGAAGGUUAACAGUCUCUGAAACACUUUGUUCUAGAACUCCUGCUGAACCUCAGAAUCGGUAGAUUUGGAAGUGAUUCAAAGCUUAACUUUUUCAUGGUCUGCCUUGUAUUUAAUUAUUUCAAAGUGUGAUACUAGGACGGCCAAAAUGCCAGUUUUUGCUUCUUUGUUAAUUGUUAGCUGCUUUUAUCCAAUUCCAGACCAUUAUCAAACACUAUAGAAAUGUUUGAACAGUUGGAUUUCAAACAUUUUCGUAUUGUGAAGUGGUGCUUACCAUUGGUACAGCUCUAAGUAAAUGAACAGAAAUAAACAAGUUUAAAUGUAUUUUGUCCGGUUAGGUGUUAGCCAGUCCUGGUAUUUCAUGCAAAUGUUUGGAAGAAUCUGUUGACUAGACCCUUUACCUAAAGGGCAAAGACAAAAUGUUCUCCCUUCCAGAGAAAUGACUGUUUUGGAGAAAAAUGUAUUGGUCUUUUAACCCUUUUUGUUAUUGAAUCUGGAUGUACCUCAAAAGAAUCUUAAGACUGUAGUGAUAAGAUGAUUUCUUCAGAAGAAAGGAGGAAAAAACCACCCGAACUCGACGUUUGAAAUUCUGUGACGAAACAUGAGAUGUCUGGGAUUGAAGGUUGAAAGGGUUUCACUACAUUGUUCUGCACUAGUUGGAGCAAAUGUCUUUCAGUGUAGCCACAGAUAUGGAAUCCAGCUUUCCAGAUUUCCGAGAACUGGACCUGGGACUUGGGAGAGCUUGUCAGGAUGGGGCAGGAACUCUGGAGCUAGACAUUUUUUAUUUUUGAAUUUUCGGACUCUUGACUUUGUUGUGAGAAAAGAGCCAGUGAUUGAGCAAGCACUGCCAUGAACACUGUUACUGGAAAUUAGAAGAUCUGAGCUCUGUGACCCUCGGUGCAUACUCUGACAACACUCCAUCCAAAAUGAACUACGAUAGCAAACCCCUUGAAAGCAAGGGCCUUGACUGAUGCAUCUUUGCCCACACGCACCAACACCCAUGAUGAAGCUUAUAUUAGAAAGGAGGAAUUUAGAGAACAGGCGAUCUCAGAAUAAGCACUCAUCCUGUGCCUCCUGAUGGCUGUGUUCACCUGGACCUUCUGACCACCUUCCUUGUACUGUUCCAUCAGUCUGCAGAACUGGUACCUGGAUUUUUGCCGAUGGUGAUUCUCCUCCUCACCUUACUACUGAAGAAGGCACUAUUCCAGUGGACCACUGUGACCCAAGAGGCAUUCAGCCAUGAUGAUGUGGCCUUUACCUCCACUCCUGUCUUCUUCUACCCAGAUUCAUCACAGCCUGUUAUAGGGAAGUCAGAGUCCUCAAGCCAAAUACACAACAAAGGCUCAGUUUGUUCCAUGAGUAUGCAUUUUGUUUCUUCAGAUAAAGCCUUCAGAGACACAUAAUGGAAUCUGGACCAGGGAAAUUUUAGUUACCAACGCUGUCUGAAGAAUGCCAACAUCUCUUUGAGAGCAACAUUGGACCACACCCACACAAUCUCAAAUGAUUGAGGUUCAUGAAGUGUCUAGGAUUCCAUCAAGGUCCUUGGGCCCUGUUGUCUAUUUCAGAUCUUUUGUAGCCUACUGAGUGACAGAGCAGGUAUUCUGACCCGCUGGGAUCAAAACAAAGACGCAGUGAACUUUUCUCGCAUCUUAUAUGGGAUUACUCAGGAAUCAGAACUUAACCACACAAAUAUAAGAGAUUCUACCAAGGAACCCUUUUACAUAACAGCAUCUCACAAAGCUCCAAUCAGAUCCAGAAGGGCCUCUUGAUACAUCAAGGUAGAACCUAUGUGGUAAUCCCUUAUGUUUAUUUAGCACCUUACAGUUUCAGGGCACAUUUGCAUUUAAAUUAUCGAAAUAAUGCAGUAGGUAUUCACUCCCUUUUGCAAAUGAGGAAAUAGAAGUUUAAAAGGUUAAGCAUCUUGUCCAAGGUGGCAUAACUACAAAGUGAUAGAGGCCAGGCCUUCUGACUCCCAGUCCAAUGCUCUCCUUGCAGUUAUACUUGCCCUUCACUUUUCCUUCAGUGUUAAAGUGGCUGGAGAUUGGGAACCCUAGAAAAGUUUCCAAGUCAUAGAGUUUCCUGAUUUGGUGCCUUCAGUCAGGCAAGAUGUCGUAAAUGCUGUGUAAUCUUGGCAAUGGCUGUACUGAGACCAAAAUCUCAUGGCAGCACCCCUAAAGUUUGGGAGCAGACUGUCUCCAUGGUGGUAGAUUGUUCAGUCAACGGGGCCCGUGUUCAUGUGCAACCAGCCAACCCAAUCUGAAAGACAAAGCUGCUUUUCAAUCUCAUGUCCAUCUUCAUGGUCCUUCCUAAAGAUGGCCUGAUUGGGGAUUCCUGCUCAUAUGUCAUCUUUUUUUUGUUGUUGUUCUUUAAGUCUUCUUCCUGAACAAGACCUUUUCUAUGGUCUUCUAUCUCCAAAUCAAUAUUUAAAAAAGAUGAGUCAUUCAUUUUCUUUAGAACAGCCAUUUUGUGACUGUUCUUACGUACUUAUAGGUAUGGAGCUUCUGUACUCUGAUAAGCUGGUAAAACACCGUAAGAUAAAAAUGCCCUCCCUUGUGUCCACUACAUACUGUAGUAUGUUCAAAGAUAUCAGAAGGCUUGCAGCAAAGAGUCCUGUUCACCUGUUUAGCCCAAUAUAUCCUGAGUUUAAUCAAGCACAGAAUGCUUUUUGUAGCAUUCUUUUUAAUAGAAUGGGCAGACUGCUUUAAAUUGGUAUUGCCAGUGCUUCCUGGUAGCCAACAGAUUGCCCUGGAAACCCAGGAAUAAGCAGAGUAUCUUUGAAUCCCUUUCUCUCACCUUGUCAUCAACUGCUUGAAUUAGAAUGUCUCCAUCAUCUGAGAGUCCUGCAUCUGGAUCAUUGCCUUUAUUUUCUGUCAAUGGAACCUCUAGAAGAUUUGUGGGCAUACAUGGAAAGGGAAUGGGGGAAAGGUAAUUCUGCCCCAAAAUUGGGUGAGCUCCAUGACCUUUAGCAAUAUACUUCUCUACCCCUAGAAGUGUACCAUAAACUUAGUUCAAGGACUUUGCACUCCAGGUGGGCAAGGAGGUUGGGAAGGUAGGAGGGAAGCACAUAUUUUCUUAGAACUUGAGCUGUGACUCACUGAAAUCUUAUCAGUGCUUGAUGAGAGGAGUCAUCCACCUAUGGACUUUUCAGAGUAAUAUUUACAAAGAAAUGAAUAGCUUUGCAGUUGUAUGCUGACUGCAAAAACUAGUGCUUUUGCCACUUAAAAGCCAAUAGCCAUGUCCACUGAUCCUCACUUAUAAGCCCAACUAAGACAAAUCAGAAUUUAUAGCAGACUUGAGCUUUGACUCCAUUAAUCUGUAAUGAUUAGGGAAGGAAUGAUUGGGAAAACACCUUCAUGUCUUUGCUCACAGUUUCUGGUUUCUAUGACCUGUUUUUUGUAUUUCAGCGUUUUGUGAACAACUUAUGUUUAGAUCAUUGGUUUUCCAAAGACUUUGUGGCCAUGAAGCCCUUUGAAUGAAAAUUAAUACGGAAGCCCAAAAUAAAAGUGAAGCUGUUCCGGAUGAAGCAGGAUUGGGGGGUCUGAAACCCACUACAAGCACCUUCCUUACCACCAUGGUGAUACCUAAGGGGACUUCCUUUCAACACCUAAAGCUCUUCGGAACACAGUUUGACCAUCACUGCCCUAGACAACAAUAUGAUGUUUGACUUGGCUGGUAUGCUGAUCUUUUCUGUGCCUCCACCCAACACAGCUGUUUUCAGUAGAUGCUAAACAUUCUUUGGAAUACUAAACUCUGUACAAACUUAGAAAAGUGCAAGAAGAUGGGCAUGUCCUAGCCCCCAGAAUAUCUGUAUACACUGAAAGUGAUGUCAAAUGGACCUAGAUUAACAGCGCUCCACCCCCAGAUGGACUUCUAGUGAUUUCUGGAAUUGGACAUAGCCAGAGGAUGAUUCAUACAUACUCUACACUGACAAACCCCCUUAACCAACUUCUGUCACAAAUAUCAGAUGUUAUAGUGGUACUUGAAGUACAUGACUUUGAAGUCCUAACUCCUUGGAUACCAGAAUCUUCAGCAAGCUGAUAUUGUAGAACCUGAUGUCACCACCAUAUUCCUUUUACAAGGGAUAACCGUUAGCUUUGAAAACAUCAUUCAAGACUAGCAACAGUACAUAAAAGGGGCUCAGUACCUGGUUAUCAUUUGUCUACUCUCAAACUACAGGUUACUUUUAUGACUCAACUAGGGGCAUUUACACUGUUUCCUUGUUUAUUCAGCAUCAGUACUGUUCCCAGGAUUAAAAAAAAAAAAAAAGCCAAAA